ACACGGAGGGAUCCAGUGGGUGGUUAGAGACGGGGUGGCACGGUGUGGAGGGUAGGACAGGUGUAGGAAGGUGCGACGGUGCCAUGGAGGACGACAGACGGCAGGAGGAGCCCAACGAGCGCUACCGCUGCGGCUGGGAGGGCUGCCAGCAGCAGCUGGCCUCGCAGCAGCAGCUGGUGGUGCACGUGACGUCACAGCACGUGCAGCUGGCCAGCAGCACGUACCGGUGUCUGUGGCGCGGCUGCUCCCGCCGCCGGCAGGGCUUCAACGCCAGGUACAAAAUGUUUGUGCACAUCCGGACACACACCAAAGAGCGUCCUCACGUGUGCCCGGACUGCGGGAAGGGCUUCAGCAGACAGGAGAAUCUCAAGAUCCACAAGCGAUCACACACAGGGGAGAAGCCCUACGCCUGCACAUUCGAAGGCUGUGACCGAGCCUACUCCAACUCGUCGGACCGAUUCAAGCACACGCGCACCCACUACGUGGACAGGCCGUACAGCUGCCGCCAUCCCGGAUGCUCCAAGAGCUACACGGACCCGAGCUCACUGCGGAAACACAUGAAGGCCAACGGACACGGCCGGCCCAGCUCGCCGGCUGCCACACCGCCGCCUGGCGGCCGGCCAGAGAAGCUCAGCCGCGUUCCUCGGCCGCUGGCGGCGCUGAAGUCGGAGACGGCCGCUGCGGCGGACGUCCCCACGGCUGUGGCGCCGAGGCUGCCAGGCGUGUCUCCAGUCUCUGUGUCAGCGGUGUCAGGAGUGCCAGCCGUGUCAGGGGUGUCAGGGAUGGUCCCGCCCGCCCCGGUUCGGACAGAGUGCGGCAGCUGCGCGUGCGGCCGGGGAGCGGCGCCGGUCGGCUGGGACGGGUGGCUCUGGUACCCCUGGAUGCAACAGAUGGGUCAGCUGUGGGCCGGAUGUCCGACCACAGUGUUUGACGGCUCUGGCACAGCGGGUGGUGCAGCGGGGGUUAGCUCUGUCCCCCUGGCCAGUCAGCCGACCACCAGUCCCGCUCCACUCGAUCUCAGGGUUCCACCAAGCUGA